CCAGCACUUCAGUCUACUUUUUAUCUUUACUUUCUGGAUUGUUUGAUUUUCGGGUUUUGCUGUUUUGAGUUUUUUUUUUCACGAAUCUGAUUCACGCUGAUUUCCAAGAACAACAAUUGAGAGCACUUCCCCCUCCCAUUGACUGUGCGUGAGAAAGGAACGCCACACCCAUCAUCUUCAUCAUCAUGGAAACCGCCGCCACCCUCGAGCUCUCCGAAUCCGAGCGCCGCGAGUCGUUCGUCACCGCCGUCAAGCCGCGCUUGGAGGCAUUGGCUGUGACCGACAAGCCUGCGUCGUACACGCAACGCAACGUGGAGGUCGAAGCAGUGACCUCGACGUCGGCAACCCCGCCGUCGCCGAGUGGGUCUGCCGCCUCCGCCUCUUCCGCUCCGCUGCCCGCGACCGCCAACACCGACGCGAGCAAGCCUGCCGCCCCUUCCAUCGUCGUGUCACCAGCACCAGCAGCAGCAGCAGCAGCAGCAGCACCGCUGGGCACGCUUGACCAGGUGGGUGCACGACAUGCAACUGCUGCUGGCUCGCAGGUGUCGGCUGCCAGCACCAACUCGCGCCAGGACCUGCUCGUCCAAGCGCGGCUCGAUCCCACGCGCUCGUCAGCCACCGACCCUCAGCGUGCCUUGUAUCCCAACGAUGUUCGCCGCCUCACCAAGACCGGCAAGGGCAUCAAGCGCGAGUCCGACAUGAACAUUGAGCUGCAAGCCAUUUCUGAAACCGCAGAGGUGGCACGUGCGUCCACCACGUCCGCGCUCGCAGAGAUUGUCUCCGACCCUCACCACCCAGAGUUUGACCUGCAAGACUACUGGAUUCACUUUGUGGAGCGCUUCUUCCCUGGUCGCAUGCUGGGUGCCUUCAUCGAGUUCCGCGACCUCGGCUUUUCCGCCCAAGUUCGCGCACCCGUUGGUGGAGCUGCCGCCGCCGCCGCCGCAAUGGAGGCAGGCGACAACCACCGCCACGUGCCGCACGCAAGCACACUCGCGACUGCAGUGCUCGAGAUGCUGCACUUGCGCAAGCGCCCCACGACACAAAAGCUGCAAGUGCUCCAAGGCGUGAAUGGCUUUGUCGAGCCCGGCGAUCUCACGCUCAUUAUCGGCGGUCCUUCUUCUGGCAAGAGCACGCUGCUCAAGGCUCUCGCUGGACGCUUGAACUCUGGCACCAUCUCUGGCAGUGUCCUUGUGAACGGCGAGCUUGUGACGGACACUGAAAACUACAACCGCAUUUGUGGCUACAUUCCGCAGAACGACGUGCACAUUCCCACGCUCACCGUCGGCGAGACCCUGAAGUUUGCCGCCGAGCUCCAGCUGCCGGAAGACAUGCCAGCCGAGGACAAGCUGAUUCAUGUGCGCGCCAUCCUCAAGCUGCUGGGUCUCGAGCAUACCGAAAACACGCUGGUCGGCAACCCCCUGAUCCGAGGUGUUUCUGGCGGCGAGAAGAAGCGUGUCACGAUUGCUGUUGAAAUGCUCAAAACUCCCAACGUCUUGCUGCUCGACGAGCCCACGACUGGUCUGGAUUCGGCGGCCGCGUACAAGGUGCUUUCGCAUGUGCGCAAGAUUGCCGAUGUCGGCUUCCCGGCCAUGGCUGCUCUGCUGCAGCCAUCCAAGGAGCUGUUCGAGCUCUUCAACCGCGUGCUGGUCAUUAGCAACGGCCGCGUCGUGUACUUUGGCGAUCGUCAAGAGGUUCUGCCCUACUUUGCGUCGCUUGGGUUUGUGUGCCCGCCCGAGAUGAACCCUGCCGAUUUCCUCGCGCAAGUCACCGACCACCCCGAAAAGUUUGUUGCUCCCGAGACCAGCUCCAAGUACACCACUGACUUUUUCAUCGACUCCUUCAUCAAGUCCGAGGUGAAUGCUGCGCUUGGUCGCAAGCUUUGGAAGGGCGUUUCGCCUCGCUCUGCCCCGCGUGCUGCAGAGGCGGACGACUUUCCCAAGUAUCCUUCGCGAUUUGCGCGCCAGUUUGUUCUUAACUUUGCUCGUUCCUGGAGGAUCAACUUGCGCGACCCCACCUCGCUCAAUGUGCGCAUCUUCCGUGGUUUCUUGAUGGGCUUUAUCACGGCCACACUGUUCAUGAACCUGGGCGACAACCAGAACGACGCCGCCACAAAGCUCGGCACCCUCGUCUCCAUUUGUGCCUUCUUUGGUCUUGGUGCUGCCGCCCGUAUUCCCCUGUAUCUCGGCGAGCGCGAAGUCUAUUUGGUCCAGCGCAAGGCCAAGUACUUUCAACCCCUCGCCUAUCUGAUUGCCGUCACGCUUGCCGAAAUGCCGUUCGUCUUACUCGAAGUCAUCCCGUUCACGUUCAUUGUGUACUGGUCUGUCGGCCUGCGCAACACUGCCGGUGCGUUCUUUUACCUGUUCUUCUUGUGUGUGGGCAUGGGCCUAUGGGGCAACUCGUACUGCCGCGCCGCCACGACCAUUGCUCCCUCGUUUGCCAUCGCCAACGCCAUCGUCCCGUCCUCGACGGCCAUUCUCUUCUUGUUCUGCGGCUACAUGCUGCCUGCGACCUCGUUCCCGGUUGGCUGGAAGUGGAUGUACCAUCUGAGCCCGCUCACGUACGCGUACUCGGGUUUGGCGCUCAACGAGUUUAACGACGUUGCUCUACGAUGCGACCCCAACGAGUUGGUCCCUCAUCCCGGCGAUCCGCGCUUGGCCCUGCCGUUUGACCAAGGCGGCUUUAACAAUACCCGCGUGUGCCCGUACAACACUGGCAACGAGUACAUUUCCGUUUACGGCAUCCCCCAGGAGUCUUCGUGGCUCGCCUGGAACAUGCUCAUCAUCUACUUUUACUACCUCUUCUUUGUGGCUGUGUCGUACAUCUGCCUGAAGGUGAUUCGCUUUGAUGCUGCCUUCAAUCCCCACGUCGACGACGAAGCCUCCCGCAAUGCGCGUCGCACGCUGAUUGUCAAGAAGGCCAUCGAGCGUUUGCAGAGCUCUGCUUCUGGCAUUGCCCUCAAGCCCGUUCAAGCCGAGACUGCCGCUGGCUCCGCGCAGCAGCCCGCGUAUCUUGAAUUCAAAAAUCUCUCGUACUCUGUGCAAACGGACAAGGGCGAGAAGCCUCUGCUGACCAACGUGAACGGCUAUGUCAAGCCCGGCACGCUCGUUGCUUUGAUGGGUCCAUCGGGCGCGGGCAAGACAACGCUUCUUGAUGUCCUGGCCGAUCGCAAGACGGGUGGCGUGGUGACUGGCGAGAUUCUGAUCAACAAUGCCCCGCGCAACGAGUUCUUCAAGCGCAUGUCUGGCUACUGCGAGCAGCAGGAUGUGCACCUUGCGCGUACGACCGUCCGCGAGGCCAUUGCCUUCUCGGCCAUGUGCCGCCUUCCGCAAGAAAUGUCGCAUGCCGAAAAGAUGCGUCGCGUCGAGUCGGUCAUUUACGAGUUGGAUCUGGAGGAGAUUGGCAAUGAUCUUGUGGGAUCGCUGGCAACGGGCGGCCUCUCCCCCGAGCAGCGCAAGCGUCUGACGAUUGCGGUCGAGCUUGUGACCGACCCGCCGCUCCUCUUCCUGGACGAACCCACCUCGGGUCUGGAUGCCUACGGCGCCGCGCUCGUCAUGAACAAGAUUGCCGAAAUUGCGCGCAGCGGCAAGUCGGUCAUCUGCACCAUCCACCAGCCAUCGGCCGAAAUCUUUAGCAAGUUUGACCAUCUUCUCCUCUUGAAGGCCGGCGGCCGUCAGGUGUUCUUUGGCCCCGUUGGGGAGAACCACUCCAACCUCCUCGGCUACAUCAAGAAGCACUUUGGACUGACCUUCAAUCACGACCGCAAUCCUGCCGACUGGGUCCUCGACACUGUCUGCGCCCAGAAGGACUUUGACGGCCCGGCACUGUGGGAUGCCUCUCCCGAGAGCGCCCAGGUCCUUCAGACGCUUCGCACGGGUGUCACUCCUCCAGGCGUGACUGCGCCGCAUUUCGAUCGCCCCGGAUACUCGACCACGUACAGCACACAGAUGAAUCAAGUUUGGCGCCGCACGUUCACCAGCCUUUGGCGCAACACUUCGCUCGUCCUCGUGCGCUUUGCCGUUUGUCUCGUCGUCGGCCUCAUUCUUGGCACCAUGUACUGGCAGCAAGACAGCAGCCAGCUGGCCGCUUCCAACCGCAUCGCCGUCAUUUUCUUCUCGGUCGUGUUCAUUUCAUUCAGCUCCAAGUCCGCCAUUGGUGAGGUCAUGGACAUUCGUCCCGUCUUCUUCCGCGAGAAGGCGUCUGGCACAUACCACCCUGGUACUCUCGCGCUGAGCAUGGUGCUGGUUGAGCUGCCCUUCAUUGCGGUCUACUGCUUCACUUUUGCCAUCCCGAUGUACUUUAUUGCGGGUUUGCGAUCUGGCGCCGACCACUUUUUCUUCUUCAUGUUGGUCUUUUACGUGACUGGUCUCACUGCCAACGCCUUCAUGUCGACUGUCGCCGUGUUUUCGCCGAACGCCGCUGUGGCGAACGCCCUCGCCCCGCUGAUUCUGACCUUUGGCUUCCUCUUUUCCGGUUUCUUCAUCACCUACGAGAACAUUCCUCAAGGAUGGAUUUGGAUGUACUACAUUUCGUACUUUGCGUACCCCUUGCUCAGCUUGUCAGUGAACGAGCUCCAAGGUGUCCCGUUCAACUGCAACAAUCUCCAAGGUGCGAUUGUGGUUCACAACCCUUACAAUGUGUCCGAGUCUACCGUCUUCUGCCCCAUCAGCAACGGCGAUGACGUUCUUGCGCGAUUUGGCAUUGAUCCCGACAACCGCUGGCCGUACUUUGGAGGCAUCUGUGGCUUCUAUCUUGGCUUCACCAUUCUGUUCAUGUUGGGCAUGCGCUAUUACUCUUCGUUGAAGCGUUAAGUUUGUGUGUUUUUUUCAAUGCUGUGAAAACCUUUGUUGUUGCAAUUCGCUUGCAAUGUGUAUUGUAUCUUGUACUCUUCAAAUAUUCGUCCUGCUUGAAAGCAGCGAUUUCACCUGGACAACAUUAUCUGAACUUUUACGACCAAAACGAAGCGAAGCGUAUGAUCAGUCUAUUUCGUGGCUGUCUCACCCAUGGCUGUAAGUGCUACGACCGACUCUUUCACCGUUUUUGAGCACGACGCCUUGUUGAUCUCGUGCUGACUCAGCAGCCUGUGCUGCACAG